AUGCGGCGGUGCUGGCGACGGUCGCAGUCGGCAGUGCGGGACACGGCAGCGGAUGAGGAAGUUGGCGUUCGAAAAAUCCGAGGCUGCUUCAGCCUCUGGUCGCCGAAGCGUGUGCGACUCCCCAGGUCCGGGUGCUCCGGGUGCUGCGGGUGCUCCGGGUGCUCCGGGUGCUCCGGGUGCUCCAGUUGCUCGGGGAGCUUGGGCUCGCGUACAUCCUCAGGUUUGCUGCCUGAUGGAUCCUCUCUUGAUCUCAGGUCGCUCCUGGCCUUGGCAGCGGGAGCCAUCCUCCUGAAAGGUGCGCGGGGCACGGCCCGCGCGGCCCUCGACCGGCGCCAGGCCCUGCUGGCGUGCACGUCUCUCACUCUGGGCACUGCCUCACAGCCGGAGGCGGCCUCCGCGCAAGCACAGUACCAGCUGGAAAAUCGGGAAGCAUACUUCAGAGAGAAGGCCCGGGUGCUGAACUUCGCCGCCGACUGGUACCUUUUCGAUGUGAAGCCACUGGUGCACCCCACCGAGAACUUGGUGAGCGCAGAGAUGUGCAAGGAGAUGGGACAAGCGUGUCCAGAGGUCAAGAAUCUCGCAUCACUUCGUGAGAUGUACAAGGCCAACGUUGCUUCCAACGCCGGCGCUGGCGCUGUGGUUUCCAAAUUCGAGCGCGAGGUCCUUUACCCCAUGAAGGACGUGUCCCUGAGCAAUGCGGUGGAUCCGGAUACUUCGGACGAUUUGCAGCAGAUCUUUCAGAAGUUCGAAGUGAAUCAGUACCAACUAGGCAAAGCGGCGCGGGAGGACAAGCUGAGCGCCGCGCGCGAGAAGUUUGAUGAAGGGCGGCGUUUGAUGAACACCUUCUUUACAAAGAUCAACGAAAGCGUGGGCUUGAAGCCUUCCGACGAGUUCUACUUCACCCCGAUUCCAGUUGACAACAAGGUGCCAGAGACUGACAAGUACUGGAUGCGCCGCGCAGAGAGGUGGGACGUGAAGAAGAAGGUGGACACCCUCUCCAAAAGCAACAAGACCGCUCGCUUCUACGCCAAGUCGAUCUUUGGCGACAUUGCGGAUGGCCUGAGUUGGGAUGUGCGGGGCGACAGGGCAGCAGACUUCUACGGAUCCAAGUGA